GUCCUUCGCUAUACAACAGCCAUGUCCUAUCACUGCGUGCAAUGAUAUCCACAGGCUCUGAUUCGUAAAUUAUUCAACGGUUCAGCCGUCUCAACACGGGAUGCUGGUCCCAAGGGUCCUCAAUCACCACUACGUAGUUAUGGGGUUAUGCCCAGCCAUAGUUAUACGAAUAUGACCUCAAAUCUACCCGGAGGAGCGACUGUUCACACCUCUUCUCUCUCACGCCUACUCUUUUCAGCCCAGUAUCACAAUGACAUCCGCCAAAUGGACUCAAGUCUGCAAUGUUGAGAUUCUGGAACGGUCAUCCCAGCUCGUAUCCCUCAUCAAGGACGAUGUCUACAUCUUUGGAGGGGAACUUCGACCCCGCGAACCCCGCGACAAUCAUGUCCACACCCUCUCUUUGAAAGAUAAAACAUCUCCCCGGACUAUCAACCUAGCAACACCCCAUGUACCCUCACCUCGCGUGGGUACAGCAUCUACCACCCUCAAUGGGAAAAUCUACCUCUUCUCCGGUCGUGGCGGCAUCGCCAUGGCGCCCAUCGAAGAGAACGGUGCUGUCUGGGAAUUCGACCCUAGCACAUCGACCUGGACGUUGCUCCUCCCCGAGGAACCAACUCCAUCUUCAUCUACAGACUGCACCCCAGUUGCCCGCAGCUAUCACUGCAUGACUAGCAACGGCACCGAUACUCUCUACGUCCACGCAGGCUGCCCCGAGUCAGGCCGACUGUGCGAUCUCUGGGCCUUCCGUGUCUCGAACAGACAAUGGACACAACUGGCUUCGGCCCCGGAUCCAGCCCGGGGUGGAACGUCGAUUACCUUCGCCAACGGGAACCUGUAUCGCAUGAACGGGUUCGAUGGGAACACGGAGCAAGGCGGGAAGAUUGAUAUUUACGAUGUCGAAACGAACGAUUGGUCAUCGCUUGCAUUCACCCCUGACGGGAAGAAUGGUCCUGUACCCCGGAGCGUUGGCACUCUACUCCCUAUGCAUGUCAAGGGCGAUUUGCUGCUGCUCACUUUGUUUGGAGAGGGAAACCCUAGUUCUUUGGGACACCAGGGAGCAGGAAAAAUGUUGGGAGAUGUAUGGGCGUUUAAUGUGAGCACCGGGAAAUGGAGUGAAGUGGAUGUCCAGGGAGAUCGUCCCUGCCCUCGUGGUUGGUUUGCUGCAGACAUCUAUGGGAACACGGUUGUCGUACAGGGAGGCCUGAGCGAGUCAAACCAGAGAUUGGGAGAUGUAUGGGCACUUUCUUUCUGAGGGAAAAAUGAGAAUGCUUAUAUUGCUGCUAUGAUUCCCUAUAUUCAAAUGAGUAGACAACCGACUGGCCAGAUAUGCUUGAACACGCUGUGGAUGAUUGUUGGUU